CCAAAGAUGCCGGCCUCGGCCGCGCGGCCCCGCCCGGGCCCCGGGCCGCCUCCCGGCUCGCAUUUCCCGCUGAUGCUGUUGGCGGUGCUGAGCGGCCCGGUGUCCGGUCGCGUUCCCCGCUCGGUGCCCAGGACCUCGCUUCCCAUCUCCGAGGCUGACACUUACCUUACCCGGUUCACCGUCCCUCAGACAUACAAUUACUCUGUUCUCCUUGUGGAUCCUGCUUCCCAUACACUUUAUGUCGGCGCCCGGGACGCCAUCUUCGCUUUAUCUCUGCCCUUCUCAGGGGAGAGACCUCGAAGGAUUGACUGGAUGGUGCCUGAGGCCCACAGACAGAACUGUAGGAAGAAAGGCAAGAAGGAGGCCGUGUCCAGUUUCCAGCAGGUUGAAAGAAUUGAGAGUGGCCGGGGGAAAUGUCCUUUUGAGCCAGCUCAGCGGUCAGCAGCUGUAAUGGCUGGGGGGGUUCUCUAUGCUGCCACUGUGAAAAACUACCUGGGGACGGAGCCGAUUAUCUCCCGGGCUGUGGGCCGUGCUGAGGAUUGGAUUCGGACAGAGACCUUGCCAUCCUGGCUUAACGCUCCAGCCUUUGUCGCAGCCGUGGCCUUGAGGCCAGCUGAGUGGGGGGAUGAAGACGGAGACAAGGAAAUCUACUUCUUCUUUACGGAGACUUCUCGAGCAUUUGACUCAUACGAGCGCCUUAAAGUUCCUCGGGUGGCCCGUGUGUGUGCGGGGGACCUUGGGGGCCGGAAGACCCUCCAGCAGAGGUGGACGACCUUUCUGAAAGCUGACCUGCUGUGUCCAGGGCCUGAAGAUGGCCGGGCCUCUAGUGUCCUGCAGGACAUGGCUAUUCUUCGACCUGAGACUGGAGUGGGGGCCCCCAUCUUUUAUGGCAUCUUUUCCUCCCAGUGGGAGGGCGCUGCCAUCUCGGCUGUCUGUGCCUUCCGACCACAAGACAUUCGGACAGUGCUGAAUGGUCCCUUCAGAGAGCUGAAACAUGACUGCAACAGGGGACUGCCUGUCAUGGACAAUGAUGUACCCCAGCCCAGACCUGGAGAGUGCAUCGCUAAUAACAUGAAACUCCAGCAGUUUGGCUCGUCACUCUCCCUGCCUGACCGUGUGCUCACCUUCAUCCGGGAUCACCCCCUCAUGGACAGGCCAGUGCUUCCAGCUGAUGGCCACUCCCUGCUGGUCACUACCGAUACAGUCUAUCUCAGAGUUGUGGCCCACAGGGUGGCCAGCCUCUCAGGGAAAGAGUAUGAUGUGCUCUACCUGGGGACAGAGGAUGGACACCUCCACAGAGCUGUGCGGAUUGGAGCCAAGCUCAGCGUCCUUGAGGAUCUGGCCUUAUUCCCAGAGCCACAGCCAGUUGAGAAUAUGAAAUUGUAUCAAAGCUGGCUUCUGGUUGGGUCCCGUACUGAGGUAACACAAGUGAACACAACCAACUGUGGACGUCUCCAGAGCUGCUCAGAGUGCAUCCUGGCCCAAGACCCUGUCUGUGCCUGGAGCUUCCGGCUAGAUGCGUGUGUGGCCCAUGCUGGGGAGCAUGGAGGGCUGGUCCAAGACAUAGAGUCAGCGGAUGUCUCUUCUUUGUGUCCUAAAGAGCCUGGAGAACACCCAGUAGUGUUUGAAGUUCCUGUGGCUACAGCUGCGCAUGUGGUCUUGCCAUGUUCCCCAAGCUCAGCCUGGGCAUCCUGUGUGUGGCACCAGCCCAGUGGAGUGACUGCUUUUACCCCCCGGAGGGAUGGGCUAGAGGUGGUGGUAACCCCAGGGGCCAUGGGUGCUUAUGCUUGUGAAUGUCAGGAGGGUGGGGCAGCCCGCGUGGUAGCAGCUUAUAGCUUGGUAUGGGGCAGCCAUCAGGGCCCCUCAGGCCGGGCCCACACUGUGGGGGCUGGACUGGCUGGCUUCUUUCUGGGGGUUCUUGCAGCAUCUCUGACUCUCCUCCUGAUUGGUCGACGUCAGCAGCGACGGCGACAGAGGGAACUUCUGGCUAGAGACAAGGUGGGCUUGGACCUGGGGGCGCCGCCAUCUGGGACCACAAGCUACAGCCAGGAUCCUCCCUCUCCCUCUCCUGAAGAUGAGCGGCUGCCCCUGGCUCUAGGCAAGAGGGGCAGUGGCUUUGGUGGCUUCCCUCCACCUUUUCUGCUUGAUCCUUGCCCGAGCCCAGCCCAUAUUCGGUUAACUGGGGCUCCUCUGGCCACGUGUGAUGAAACAUCCAUCUAGGGCGGGCAAAUGACCACUAGUGCAUGAGUGGCCACUGGAAUGGAGUGAUUAUUGAGAUGUUGGGGUCACUGGGCCUGGAAGACCAUCAUGGCCUCUGACUUCUCUUUGGCCUUUGAGUGAUCACUUGACUUCACUGUCAGCCAUCUCUGGGCCUAGAUGUGCUCCAGGCCAGGCCUUUGUCUGAGUCCUGAUUCCUGCUUCCUGAUUCCCAUGAGAGAUCAGAACUUCUCUCUGCAGUGAAUCAGGACGUUUCCCACCCCUGCUCUCUGAACCCUGGUGACCCCUUCAGUCCUGGCCCAUUAUUUUGGGCCCAUAAAUUUGGAGAGGGGCAUAGGACAUAGCUAUGACUUUGCCUUCUGGUUUUACCCUGGCCAGAAGGAGGAGCUAUGGAGGCAAUUGGAAGCUAAUGUGCACUGAGCCCUUGGAGUGGUUUUGCUGAUUCUUCCAGUUAGUCUAAUUCUCUGUGGAGAGUGCAUGAUCUCCCUCCACCCCACUUUUCCUUCUUCCAUGAAAGCAUGUGUAUAUAUGAGUGUUCAUAGGACACCUGCCAAAUGUGCAUGAAUGACUGGGCCAUUGCUCAGGUGUAUUCAUCGGGGGUAAGGAGGGGGAAGAUUGGGAGGGGGGAGUUGACCCUAUAGCCAGUGAAGGAAUGGCUUUCUAAAAGAAAAUAAACAACUGCCCCCACUCCCCCAAUCACUUCUCACAACCCUUCUCUUGAGUUGAGAAAAACUCCCAAAAAGGCCUUCUGGGUGGGAAGGGUAGCAGUACAUGUGACCCCAUAUUUCUGUUUGUUUUUGCCUCCUGGCUGCCACCACUGCCAUGCUCUCUUCCUCUGGCUGGAGUGCAGGCUGGACCCCCUUUCCUUGGCUCCCAUUAAAAAUAAAUUUCACAACAUUCUAAAUAUUAGGGAACAACAAAAGGGGAACAGUCAUAGGAAAUGCAAGCAGUGUAAAGAUAAGUUUGUAUCAGUGACUUUACUCAGGUUGACACCCUUGCCCUAAAGCAGUUAGUUCUCCAGUGGGGGUCCAUGGACUCCCUGAACUCGUAUGCAAAAUGUUGUCUGUGUAUGUGUGUCUGUGUUUUUCUGGGGAGAUGUUUUAUGGCUUUCAUCAGAUUCUCAAGGCCUUAACAAAGUUAAAGGACCACUACCCCCAAGUCAUGACACCGUUGGCCAAGCUGAGAUGGUGCCACUCAGCAGCAGCUCUUCUGCCCCGGCCCACCUGCUCUGUGGCCAGGCCCUGGACUUGCAGCUCCUGGAUGCCGUCUCAUUUCUCCAGACCCUGGAAGCUGGGCUCUGUGCAUAUUUGAAGACACUAUCAACUCUCACUAAACUUAAAGACUUCUUCCUGCUUCACAGCUCGCAGAUGCUUUAGGCUUCUCCUGCUCGGUUCUGGUCUUGGCCUGUAAAUGUGCCUCAUUCAUCCCUGGUGAGGGAUUUUCCCUCCACCUCCCUUGAGCUCCAAUGAAUGAUCCAGCCCUUCCCAGUUGAAGUUUUCAGCUCUACUUUCCUUGGCGGCAGCCUGUGAAUCACCCAAAAGAGUCCCCUUGGGUUUGGACUUAUCAGUGGCUAUGCCCUAAUAAGUGUAUGAUCUUCAGCAAGUAAUGUAACCUAGGAACAUUGGUUUACUCAUCUGUAAAGUGGGGAUAAUAAUACCUACCUCAAGGUUGCUACAAGGAUUAAAUGAGAACAUGUCAACAAUAAAGCACUAUCUA